UAAAGGAGUCACAUCUCCAACCACAGGGGCAGAAAACACACACAUCUGCAGCCGGAAAACAGUUCUGAUUAUCGGAUACAAACCUCCCAGAGGAGCCCGGUCCCUGAGGAAUCCCCGGUUAUAUGUGCCAUGUUUUUCUGACGGAUCACUUGAUGCAGCUGCAGGAUGAACGGGUAUGAAACUCCGGCUCUCGCCUCGGGAAUCUUUGGAUCCUACAGCUCACACACAAAUGGCCAUGGCUCUGAGUCUCCGGAGCCUCUUCACCAUAAAGCCAAGUCCAGUGCCAAAGCUCUCUACGCAGGACCGGGGGAGAUGUACUUCCUGCGCUCGUCUGCCAAAAACAAAAAGCCUCUCAAACAAAGAAAGCACUUCACCAGAACCAGCAUCAACAGCCUGACGGACACGUCUCAGUAUCAGGUGGAGCACCUGUCCUCCUUCGUGGUGGACCGUAAGGACGGGCUGCUGUCGGUGGAGGAUGGGGUGCGGCGGCUGCGUCUGCUGGAGGCCAAAGGGAAGGUGUGGACCCAGGAGAUGCUGCUGCAGGUGGAGGAGCGCAGCGUCAGCCUGCUGGACCUGGAGACGCAGAAGGAGCUGGAGAACUUCCCGGUCUCCUCGCUGCUGCAGGUCCAGGCGGUGAUGAACUCCUGCAGCUUCGACUCCCUGCUGGCUCUGGUGGUCCGAGAGGUCGGGCAGAGCAAACCGGACCUGCACCUGUUCCAGUGCGACAACAUCAAGGCCAACCUGAUCCAGGCCGACAUCGAGAGCGCCGUGAUGGACGCUAAAGGAGGGAAGGGGAAGAGGAGACCCGAGGCACUACGGAUGAUCCUGAAGAGUGACGGGGUGAUCCCGCCUCCUCCGGCUAACCCCGCCCCUGAGCCCCCCGCCUCGACCAAUCAGGUGGAUGUAAAGAGCAGAGCAGCUGCCUGGUCGGCCUGGACCAAUGAGCAGCAAGACUAUGAGAAGCAGCGGCACAUCUACGAGGAGGACGAGGUGGGGGAGAUGACUGCAGCCAGAGUGGACCGAGACGUGCAAAUCCUGAACCACAUCCUGGACGACGUGGAGUUCUUCGUGAUGAAGCUGCAGAAAUCUACGGAGGCGUUCAACGAGCUCUCCAAGAGGAAGAAGAACAAGAAGGGCAAGAAGAGGGGACCGGGGGAGGGCGUGCUGACCCUGAGGUCGAAGCCCCCGUCAGAGGAGGAGUUCAUCGACUGUCUGCAGAAAUUCAAACAGGCCUUCAACCAGCUGGGGAAGCUGAGGGAUCACAUCCAGAACCCGAGUGCUGAGGACCUGCUGCACUUCCUGUUCUCCCCCCUCAGGAUGGUGGUGCAGUCCUCGGGGGGCGGCGACCUCCCCCGCUCCGUGCUGGUCCCUCUCCUCUCCAGAGACGCUGUGGACUUCCUCCAUUCAGCAGGGAGUCCAGAGGAGAGACACCUGUGGGUCACUCUGGGGGAGGGCUGGACCAAGAGCAGGUUGGAGUGGCCGAAGGACCAUUACUUCCCGCCCUUCGUUCUGACGUUCAGGGACGGCUGGGAGCCGCCUCUGCUGCCGACAGCCAAUCAGCAGCGAGAACAGGAAACGCUGAGUCAGCAUCAGAGAGCGCAGGAAACGCUGAGUCAGCAUCAGAGAGCGCAGGAAACGCUGAGUCAUCUCUCAGAGAUCCAGAGACAGGAGGAGCUGAGCAGCAGACUGGAGCAGUCGGCGGUGCAGCGGUUCCCACCUGACGACGGGUACGCCUCCUCCUACAAACGUUUGCAGAUCCUGGAUCAGGACUCGGCUGUGGCGGCCAUUAGAGACGCCGUGAGCCACCGAGUCGACCGGAGCUUUGACGCCGACAGCAGCCUCACGCCGAAGCCGUUCGCCAAAUCUAAAUACGACUUUGUGGCGAGGAACAACACGGAGCUGUCGGUCCUCAAAGACGAGGUCGUGGAGGUGCUGGACGACAGGAAGCAGUGGUGGAAGGUGCGUAACGGUGUGGGGUUGUCGGGCUACGUACCGAACAACAUCCUGGAGAUCACCAGAGCCGUGGACAUCACCGGGAGAGGAGAGCCCAUCUACAGCCAUACUAUCCAGCUAAUGAUGCCAAAGAAGGAGUUUGAGUUGUUCAAGCAAUUACUGGGAGAGUUGAACGAGAAGCAGACCGCCAGGACCGACUUCCUGCCCAGUAAACCCGUAGUGACUUCGAUGCCUCCGCCCCCCACGCCUCCUCCUCCGACGGCGCCCCCCCCAGCACCGGCCCCCGCCAGACUCCCCACCCCCCCGCUGCCCCCCCCGGCACCCCAGCCAGCCGUCAUCCGCCGAGACAGCGCAGCGUCCAAUGAGAACCAGAGACACCCCCCCGCCAGCCGCAGAAAGUCCAACAUGGAGGAGGUGCAGGACGAGUUGAUGCACAGGCUGACUCUGGGUCGCAGCGCUCAGAAGAAGCUGCAGGUUUCCUCCUCUUCCUCCUCUUCAUCACGAGGAGCAGCAGCCACCUCCUGCAGCAUCAGCUACGACUCCACGCCGGAGAACGUCCGGGAGUGGCUGCAGAACAAAGGCUUCAGUCCUGUCACCAUCACCAGUCUGGGCGUCCUGACGGGGGCUCAGCUGUUCUCACUGAACAAGGAGGAGCUGAAGACGGUCUGUCCCGACGACGGAGCCCGAGUCUUCAGUCAGGUGACCGUGCAGAAAGCAGCGCUGGAGGUUUUCUUCUGACCCCCCCCCCCGAUCUUCUGAAUCUGUCAGACAUUUCUCAGAGGCGUUCAGGCUCUGAGCUUCAGGAGAUCAUGCGGCGGCGCCAGGAGAAGCUGGCGGCGCUCACCUGUGACUCAGGCGUCGAGUCGUUUGACGAAGGAAGCAACCACUGAUCGCUUCCUGCUUCCUUCCUUCUUCACUUAUCUCCUUCCUCCUUGUUUUCCCGCUCUCUUCCUCCUCAGGCGGCGGCCGACUACGACCAGUUCCUGGAGAUCAUGCGGCGCCGACAGGAACUCCUCAGCUCGUCUCCGUAGGGUUUAAACCCGGAAAGAUUGUUUGCUGAACUGUGGGACUCUGAGUUUCUGCUGUUUGGAGAAUAGGACAAGCUGCUGAUUCUCCAAAGUGACGCAGUAUUAACGCCUCACGAUGAACCCCACACAUUUAAUAUGAUCAGUUCCCAUUUGGUUUACGUCCUCCAAGACAAGAAACAAAUACUCUAAACUAAUGAUUUGAUUUGUUUUCAGUCGAGUUUAACCCUAAAAAGCAUCAGCAUCAAACCUAUUGGGGGUACAUCUUUUGUUUAAGAGGGUCAUUGAUCAAACUUCGAUAUCAUUUGGGACACCUUUGGAGUCUUCGAGGAUUUAGAAACACCUUUAAAGCCGGACUGAUCUUCCAGAAGUCUGAUUCAAUCUAAUAUCAAUACAAUGAUAAAAAGCACAACUGCAGCUUGUAGUUCAUUAAACUGCCUUAGUGAUUAAAGAUCAUCUAGAAAAGUCAUUAAUAAUUAUAAGACAGAGUAUCGUAAUAUAUCAAAUGUUAUUCCUUAAAUCAAAUGUUAACUUAAUAUAAGUAUAAAGAACUGAUCCACAGAAUGCACAAAACCUUCAUGAUGGUUUGUGGAUUCAGCGUUAGUGAUUCCUGCAGGGGAUUUAGCAUGUUUGCACAAUAAAUAUUAAAGCUGUUUCUGAAGCUGAAAGGAAGAAAAAUCAAGAGUUGUAUCUGAACGUGGAAAUGUGCGUUAAAGCUGAAAUGAACGUAGUCUGCUUUAAAGUGUUAGCUCCACCCGAACAUACUGCUGCUGUUUCUGAGGUUACCUACAUUCUCAAAUAGGUGCUCCAUAAAAAAAGUGACUCUAUAUUUCUGGAUUGCUUUUGUAUUUUUAUUUGAGUUUUUUGUAUUCCUAAUUAACAGCUUUAACCCAGUUAGUGACGUCACUGUUUUCAGGUCUAUGACCUCACUCACUCAUUAUUUCCAGUGUGUUCCAACGCAGACAGGUUUCAUCAAAGGAAUGUUCUAACAUUUAGAGAUAAAAGUGAUGGAACAAAUCUGACCUUUUCCUGAAAACUACAAAAAAAGGAAAAGUUUCCAGAGAAAAGUCCGACUAUUUUUACCAAAAAUUCUGACUUUCAGAAUUUUGUGGUAAAAGAUUUAACAAAUAAUUCGGACUUUUUCUGAAACGAGUCGGAAAAAAAGCCUGGAUUAAAAACCACAAAUAAUUCGGACUUUUUUUCUCCACAUUUUCAUAAAUACUUCAGAACUCUAAACCGAGCUGCAGAGGGCUGAGUACGGGUCUGAAGUCUCUUAGUUUAACGCUUGGUCCUUUUUCUUAAUGGAGAAUUAUUUGAGAAUUUACGAUAAACUGAAAGUCGCCGUAAAGUUUGUUAAAUUUAACCGACGACUGUUUUCAUCUGGUUACCCUCUAGCUGCGACAUUACAGAACACGCUCGAUAUACAGACACUGUCACGUGGACUGAUGGUCCCGAUUUAAUUUACACUUUAAGGUUUCAGGUGUUCGGAUGUGAAGGUCGCAGCCGGGUAUAAUAAUGAGAUUCAUCUGUGAGUGAAGGCGGCCUGACGUCUGUAUUUACUGGAAUGUUCUAGAAGCCAAUCAGAAAUACUUCACUACAAAGUGUAUUUGUACGUGUUUAGUUUUCAUGGUGCCUUUUCCAUAUAAAUCUGCUCAUUCUGCAAUAAAGCAUUUAUAAAAAGCA